CACUUUCGAAAUGUCACGUUGGACAUUUUGUUGUUUUUCUGUAAUUUAUUGAAGUUUUAAAAUUAAACCUCAAUAAUAUUUCUAAAUUAGACUGAUAUAAAUCCAUCAUGAUAUACAUUUAAAAUCCUAAAUGAUGGGUAACGAUAGUUCACAGUUAAGUGGCUUAGAAAUUGAAGAGAAAGCAAUAGAGAUAACCGAUUUUUGGUGCCAUUAUCAGGCCACAAUUAACGAUAGUUGCAGGUAUUUCAGCCUGAAAGGCGAUGGAUCUGUGUCUGUGUUUAAAGGAGAAGCUGCGGUUGGUCCACUUUGGUCGAUAUCGACACCCCUGGAAAAGUUUUCAAAUAAUCUUCUGAAGUAUCGUCAUCCGUGCAUUGUGCGGUACAUAUCUGCCUGGCAACAGCGUUCGACUCUGCACUUAGCAACAGAGUAUGUGCAGCCACUAUCACACAUUCUGCAGUCCCUGACACCUCUUCAGAUAUGUAUAGGACUCAACAAUAUCUUGAGAGCAUUAGUGUUUCUUCAAGAACAGGCUGGUAUGUCCCACAACAAUGUAAGUGUGUCUGCAAUAUAUGUGACGGGAGAUGGCCAGUGGAAGCUGGGAGGAUUGCAAUACCUGUGCCCUUUUGUAGAUGUGACAGCUGCUUACUUGAGGCAUGCCAGGAUUCACAGAUAUGAUAAGGCAGUUGAUCCAAAUGAAGAUUCCUAUGAGAUUACCACAAAAGUUGACCAGUAUGCAUUUGCAGUAUUAGUGGACGAUGUUUUCAAAGAUUGCAAAGAUGAUGAAGUACCACAUUUGAAGGAGUUUAAGAAAUACUGCAGAGAUUAUUUACAACAUCAGAAUCCAGCUAAAAGGCCCAACCUCUCUGAAUUACUUAUACAUAAUUUUUUUAAUCAUGAAUUUAUUUCAAUUUACAAGUUUCUCAACUUCCUUCCCUUGAAAUCAGAAGAGGAAAAGUGCCAGUUUUUCUCAAAUAUUUUAGAGAAUUUAAAAUGUUAUGAUGAGGAAACAGUAGCAAAGCAACUUGGGGGCCUGUUGUUAUCUAGGCUGACAAUGUUAGAUCAAACAGCCAGAAAAGAUGUCAUACCUUUCAUACUGAAACCAAAAAAUGAUCGCAUACCCAAUGGUGAAGCGUCUGGAUUCUUCAGCCUUAGUGUUUUCAAAGAGCACAUUAAACCAAGACUAAUGCAGUUGUUUGGUGUCAGAGACAGUCAGAUAAGGAUGCUGCUCUUGAGACAUUUUUCAAAAUUUGUUCAUGUAUUUUCCCAUGAAGAGCUCUCUCAACACAUUCUUCCUGAGUUGUUGUUGGGCAUAAAGGAUGUAGAUGAUAGUUUGGUCUCUGCAACUCUCAUAUGUUUAAGUGAAUUGGUACCAAUAUUAGGAGCUGACACUGUUAUAGGAGGAAAGAGAUCGAAAUUUUUCUCAGAUGGCAGACCCAACUCAAAACCAAAGUCUUUGUUGUCAGCAACUAGCCAAGCAACUGAUAAUGUCUAUGUGACAACAAAGUCUUUACGAGAUUUGCCGUGUUCUGAAGAAAUAUAUGAAACUGACGAUAGAAAUGAAUUGAUUUCUUUUGAUAAGUCAAUAACUUUAAAUGAAAGACCAUCGCCAGUUGGUGGAGAAUCCUUGGAUGAUGACAUUAUCGUUACAGAGCUACACACAAACAAAGAAGAGAGUGAAGAUGACUGGAGCGAUUGGGAAAAUAAUCGUCAAUUAACCACAAAAGUUGCACCUGCAAUUUUAGAUGAAGAUGUUAUACCUAAACAUUUUGUUCGCAUGAAAAGCAUAGAGGAAAAUAGUACUUCAGCUUCAAACUCAAGUAUGAAAGUAAUUUCUGAAUCCAGAACGACGCUUUUACAAAAAGCUGCUAUUGAAGCUAAAAAGAAUAUCUUAGACAUUUCCGAGUUAGAUAUAAAAAAUCAAAAGUAUGAUUUUUCCAAAAAGAGUUCAGAUGAAUUUGAUUUCUUUGCUGACAUGACUCCUGUUAUAGAAAAGCCUACUAUAGUUAAUAUUGCUCAAAAUAGUGAUAGUCAAAAUUUGAGCAGCAAACUGAAUUUUGUCCCAGAUGAAAGUAUAGAGGAGAAUGAAGCCUGGGGUGAGGAUUGGAAUGAUGAGUAGAAACAAGCAUAGAAUGUAGAUUCAUACAUGUUUCUGGAGUAUUUAUUAGGAAAGAAAUUACUAGCGAUUAAUAUUGAUUUGUCAUUUCUAAAUAUGUAUUAUAAGAUGUAUAUAAUUGUAAAUCAACAAAUGGUUUCCCUUCCUUCUUGUCAACUCAAGGCUAUAGAACCUAAAGUUAAUACUUUUUAUGUGAUAAUGUGUCUGUAAUUUUUAGUUUGAUUUAUACAUAUUUACCGUUUUAUUAUCCUGCUGUUAUUUAGUUGGUUUUAUCAAACAACAGCUUUUAGCCGACUUUUUGGGAAAAGUAUAAUAUACUGUUAAACAUUUAACUAAAAUGUGGCAAGUAUAGUGGUGGAAAUAUAGUAGUAAAAAUUCUGUUGAUGUUGUGCAAUUAUUUAUUUCGUUUUUUUUUUCUGGGUUAAAUAAUAUACUAUUUGAUCAUGUGUAAUGCUAAAAACAUUAUUUUUCUGAUAUUUUAUGUAUGUACUUCAAAUCUUUUAUUUACCUUAGUUAAGCUGUAAAAAUCACGUUAUUUAUAUAUGGUUAUGAGAUAUUAUACAAUACCUUUUUGUCUUAAAAAAUAAACAAUAUCAAGACAGUAACUUAAUGUAAAAGAAAACUGUUUACCUUUAAAAUCUUCUAAUUUAUAUAAUUUCAUGUGUCCAGAUUGUUUACACUUUAGGGUCAUAAAAGAUGAUAAUGUGGGUAUGGAGUAGGUACUUCAUGUGUUAUGGAGAUGGCUGCAGUAUCAUUACUAAGUGUAUUCUGAAAAAAUACAACUGUGAUACUGUUUACGAUCUCAUGAAAUUGUACCUGUCAAAUACGAAUGUACUGCUAUCUCAUUAGACACACAAAAGGCAAUACAUUUGCAGCUUUUAUAUUUACAGGGACUUACUUGUUUACUAAAACCUCAAAGUACCUACAUAUCAUGCCGUUCGGCUUUUACACUGAGUGAUUAAUUGCUUUGAAGUUAUUUAUAUUCUUGCUAGGUGAAUCUAUGUGAAAAUCUAGCUCACAACCUCACCUUGCAAAACUUAUUGUAUAUCUUUACAAACACAGCCCAAACAAUAAAAUAUAUUGCAUUACAGAUUCAUUGGCUUAGCCAAAUAAAUAUUUAUCUAAUAUUA